AUGGCUUCUUCAAGUAAAGAUGCACCCCUCGAAAGUGAUCCGAGUGGUCGAUACAAAAGGUACGAAACGAUCAUAAGCGAAAGUGCUACAAAGAAAGUUUACAUGGGUAUUGAUGGUGUUACUGGUAAGGUAAUUGCUUGGAGUAAGGUAGAAAUAACACCGAAAAUGUUAAGGAACAAGGACUUGCUCGAGCGCUUGUGUGCAGAACCUCAGCUGUUGAAGUCAUUGAGGCAUCAGAAUAUAGUGAGUUGCUUUCAUUCUUGGAUUGAUGAUAAAAAGGAAUACAUUAACAUGAUUACUGAGGAUUUUCCUUCAGGUAAUAUGGCAGACUAUGUCAGGAAACAUGAGAAAAUUGAUAUAAGGGCGAUCAAGAAUUGGUGUACACAGAUUCUUGAAGGGUUGGAUCAUCUUCACAGGCAUGAUCCCAAGAUCAUUCAUCGCGAUCUUAACUGUGAAAACAUAUUUGUUGAUGGAAGCUCGAGUAUAGUGAAGAUUGGAGAAUUGGGUCUCGCGCUGAUUGUUGAGCAGGGGAAUACAGUACAGAGUUUUUCUUGCAGACCUGAGUUCAUGGCACCAGAACUUCUUGAAGGGUAUCAAUAUAAUGAGCUGAUUGACAUUUACGCGUUUGGGAUGUGUGUACUUCAGAUGACAUUCAUUGAGAAGUGUCUGAGUCCUGUUUCUGACAGACCCACUGCAACUGAACUCUUGAAUGACGAGUUUCUUCAACCGAGGCCAGAUACAUUACAAGUACAACCUAGGCCUGAUACAUUACAAGUACAACCUAGGCCUUUUACGUUAAGAGGGAAAUCUUUGGGCACUGGUCCUUUUGAGAUGGCGUUGAUUAUUGCUGGUAAAAAGCCGAUUAAAUUUGAGUUCCCGGUCAAUGAUACAACUCAGGAAGUCAUGAAGAAAGAAGGCUUGUCAGUAAGUAUGUCUGAUGCAGAAUUGUCACUGGUUUCUGAGCUUCUGGAAAAACUGAAAACAGAACUGAGUUCUUCGAGUUCUUCAGAUGGUCCCCCGAAAAAACUACUGCAGAUAACAAGUGAGGAGCGCGAGGUCAGCCCAGUUUUUCAAGUGACCACUGAGCAGCUGUCUGUAGUUAGGGGUAUGCAAACUGAUUGA